CUGUACAAACUCAUGGCCAACAAAAGUAGAAGAAGAAAAAGAACCCGUACAAACUUUUGUACAGAGUACAGAAUUCAUUUGAAGAAAUGACAAAGUUAGAUCUGGUCCAAAUUUUGAAGAAAUAUACUGGGCGUGUGUGGAACGUAUGUUGGCACCCCAAAGGUGAUGCUUUGGCAUCUUGCGGUGAAGACAAAUGUAUAAGAUUAUGGGCGAAAGACCUAUUGGGAAAAUGGGUGAACAAGGCUGUUUUAACCGACGGACAUAAACGCACAAUCCGGCAAGUAUCCUGGUCGCCUUGCGGAAAUUACCUAGCAUCCGCGAGCUUUGAUGCCACUACAUGCAUCUGGGACAAGCAGAGUGGCGAGUUCCAGUGUAGCGCUACUUUGGAGGGUCACGAGAAUGAAGUGAAAAGUGUGGCUUGGUCGAGGUCAGGCCACUUCUUAGCCACUUGCAGUAGGGACAAAUCGGUGUGGAUAUGGGAAAUUACGGAAGAUAGUGAGUAUGAUUGUGCUGCUGUAAUUAACGCUCACUCACAGGAUGUGAAAAAGAUAGUUUGGCAUCCAGACAGAGAUUUGUUAGCAUCAGCUUCAUAUGAUAAUACCAUAAAAUUAUUCAGAGAGGAUCCCAGCGAUGGGGACUGGAUAUGUUGUGGAACAUUAACAGCCCAUGAUUCCACAGUUUGGAGCAUUAGCUUUGAGGGUACUGGUGGUCGACUAGCGUCAUGCAGUGAUGAUGGAACAGUAAAAAUUUGGAAGGAGUACCCGCCUGGCAAUUCUGAAGGUGUGCCGACAGUUGACAAUGAUUCUGCUUGGAAAUGUAUAUGCACCAUCUCUGGUUACCAUUCUCGAACUGUAUAUGAUAUAGAUUGGUGCCCACUAACUGGUCUAAUUGCGACAGCUUGCGGAGAUGAUUCAAUUAGGAUUUUCAAGGAAGACAAGCAAGUAGACGUCAAUGCUCCCACUUUCAGCUUAACAGCAAGUGUUGAAGGAGCUCAUAGUCAGGAUGUAAAUUGCGUUGCAUGGAAUCCUACUGUGAAGGGGUAUUUGGCAUCUUGUAGCGACGAUGGGGAAAUUAAAAUUUGGAAUAUGGUAGACUGUUAGUUUGUUACUGCAUUAAUAUUGAUAUUUUGUUAUUCUUAUCGGUUUUUUGCUUUCCCCCCCACUAUGAAAAAUUAAAAUUUUUGCUCAUGAUACAUUUGUGGAAAACAGUUGUACAGCAACACAAAUUUUUGCAUAAGUAUGAUUAUGAGAUAACUUCUAAAACUGGCCUUCAGAGGUUGUAAUGAAAAAAAUAGUUUUCUUCUAAAUUUCAUCUAAAGUGCUAGACUAAAAUUAAAUGUUUUAUCGUUUCUGUUAAUCAUAAUGUUUUGUAUUCAUAAGUCAAACCAUUUCUAAUUCUCUAGAACAAUAUUUUCUUUGCGUAGUUAAUAUUAUUGGUUAGUGUUCUUGUGAAAUGUAAUUUCAAAUGUACAGGAGCUAAGCUCUGUCAAAGCACGAGUCUUGAAACUAAACACAUCGGAGGAUGUGGGUUAGUAUCCUU